UAUAUGUAUUUUCCCUUGUCAUACCCCAGACACGCUCUGUAACGUACAGUAAUUCUCUGUUUUCCAGGAGGUUAGCUCAACAUACUAAAGUCGUGUCUUACUCUUAGCAAAAUGUGGACUCUUUGUACAUUCGCCGUAAUUUUGGUUGUGUUGGCAGGUCACGGAUCAGAAGCAGGUGACUGCUGUGGAAGUUACACAGAUGGAAAUGGUGAUCACCAUAAGGCCGAGCUAUGUGCAGAUUAUUGCUGUUUAACAUUUGCAAAACAAUACAAGCAGUGUUGCAGUGAUCCUAUGAGGCAGAUUCCUGCUACAAAAAAUCAGAAUGAUGAUUGUGUCCGCGACUGGGUUCAAGAACACAUGUGGGUGCCGAUUGUGUCUGGCAUUGUGGGAUUGCUCAUUAUAAUCGGAAUCUGUACCUGUUGUUGUUGUUGCUGCUGUGGAUGUUGUAGGAAGAACCCAGCCCCUGUGGUAAUCCAUACAGCUGCACCACCUAGUAAGUAUUGUGUAACGUUUAUAUGUUAUACAUGUAUAAGGGUCUUAGUAGAAUCUGAAAAUGUAGCCAGCUCUAUGUUAUGUCCUGGUUUUGUUAAAUGUUGAGUUAUUAUUCAACUC